GCUCAAAAUUUGGUGCCAGACAUACUAAAAUUAACACAAAGUAAUCCAAUAUGAAAAUGAAACCCCAUUUGCUUCUCCUAAUACUCUUGUUCCUCCUUGCCACCUUCACUACAAAAACUCUCUCAUCUCCUUCUUCUUCAUUAGUUUCUCGACUCAAUGAUCAACUAAGCCAGAAGAAAACAAGACCAAGCAACGAAACCAUAUACAAGGUAUCAAAGCAACUAUGCUGGGGGUGCAUAGCAGAGUCACUAGAGUUCUUGUUCAGGCACAACCUGGUCCGAGCAACGAAAUGGGAACUGCCACUGAUGUGGGACUUCCAGCUUGAGCAAUAUGCAAGGUGGUGGGGCAGCCAGAGGAAACAAGAUUGCAAGCUUGAACACUCAUUCCCGGAGAACGAUUUCAAGCUUGGAGAGAACAUAUUCUGGGGAAGUGGCUCUGAUUGGACCCCAACCGAUGCAGUGAAAGCUUGGGCUGAUGAAGAGAAGUACUACACUUAUGCAACCAAUUCUUGUGAAGAAGGACAGAUGUGUGGCCAUUACACUCAGAUUGUGUGGAAGACCACCAGAAAAAUUGGUUGUGCUAGAGUUGUGUGCGAUUCUGGUGAUGUUUUCAUGACUUGUAACUAUGAUCCUGUGGGAAAUUAUGUUGGAGAACGACCCUAUUAAAUUAUAUCAAAUAUAUGGUAUACUAUAGUAUAUAUUUGUGUAUGCAUUAUGCAUGUUAGCGUGAAUAGAUAAUAUAUGAAAUUAAUGAACUGUAUAAACUAUAAAGUACAUAGGUGGUGGAAUUGGCCUUUAAUUAUUUAUUUAUUAGUGUUUGAGAUGAGACAAUUAUGUUAAGUGGUAAGUGAAGGGGUAUCGUUAGUUGUUGGGGAUCAGUUGCAUGUCGUUACGACUUGUUUAAGUCAAGCUUGAAAUAAAGUAAUUAAUAAACUAUUAAAUUGCCAGCUUA